GCUGACCUUUGAGGAUUUGUUAGCACCUUUUCCUGUGCCCUCCUCUCACGUCUCUUUAGAAUAGCGUCACCCUGCGUGUUUCUAAUAUAAAUAGAAGCAAGCUGCUGGAAUACAGCCUAAGUGCUUAUUUCACAGGCGAGCUGUGUCUCUCUCGAUGCUCGAUUGCUGUUUAUUAUGCAGCAGUGUGUUGAGUCUCUGGGGAGAGUUAAGCAGUGAAUCAAAAACAGGAAGAGGCCUGUCAUUGCACGCAGCAAUGACUCAAUGUUACUUUAAUGAAGGUGCCCAAUUAGAACCAGGAAGGGAAAAGAAGGUAGAGGACAUGCUGUUAAUAGCUAAUAAGUCCAGGACCAUGAGUGACCAAACUGAGGAUGUCAGCUUAUUAACACCACAGGAUGCGUCAGAGCCCCCGAAGGAGGAAGACACACACAACACUCCAAACUUCAGGGUGCAUCUGUUUGACGAGCUGUCUUGUGAGGACGUCAAGAAGUGCACCAGAGGCUCGAGCUCCCGGCCGCUGAGAGAGAAAAGUAGGCUGCAGGGAAGCUGUGUGCACGAGCUCAUCUCUCUCCCUCCGGCCUCGUCCUCUUCCCAGACCGUCAGCAAAUACAACUCACAGUACCAUAAACUCUUCCACAACAUCCCCAUGGAGGAGAACCUCAUGAAGGUUUAUUCCUGUGCUCUGCUGCGAGACAUCCUGCUACAAGGCCGACUCUACAUCUCUCGAAACUGGUUGUGUUUCUAUGCAAACCUCUUUGGGAAGGACAUUAAGGUGUGCAUCCCUGUAUUGUCUGUACGGCUGGUAAAGAAACACAAGACAGCGGGCCUUGUCCCCAACGGCCUGGCCAUCACCACAGACAGCAGUCAAAAGUACGUUUUUGUGUCUCUGCUGUCCAGAGACAGUGUGUAUGACGUGCUGAGGCAGAUCUGUACACACCUACAGGUCAAUGGCAAGAAGAGCCUCAGCUUCAAGCAGUACAUGGAGGAGCCGACAUCUUUAUCUCUGGAUGAGUUCUCCGUCCCUGAUGAGUACCCAGUGGCUGUGGAUGAAUUCACUCCUGUGCUGAAGUGGAGGAGGAAGCCAACGGUGGCGUCCGUCUCUUCGUCCCUGCCUGAUCUACUGGGAAACUCCACCAGCAGCCUGAGUGCCGUAGACACGUCAUUUCAGCCCAGCGAGACUCUUCAGGAGACAACUCUAGAGUCUGAGAAGAUCCUCCUCACAGAGCCUGUACCAGAACUGGGCCAGAUGGAGUACCAGCUGCUGAAGUUCUUCAUCCUGCUAAUUAUCCUCCUCAUCCUGUCCUCGUGUUACCUGGCGUUUCGUGUGUGUAGUCUGGAACAGCAGCUCUCACUCCUCAGCAGCAAAGCAGCGCUCCCCCUGCAGGAGAGGUAGCUGAUGGUGUUGGGACAGCUCUGACCUGAACACGAUGCAGGCCGUGUCACUUUUUUAUCGAAGUGGAGAUGCUGGCCUGUUUGAUAAUGUGAUUUUUGCAUAGAGAGACUAAACGAAGACGGCAUGCGGCACUGCGGGUUUUUCAGUGCUGCUGGAUGGAGGAACAGGUGAACUGCAGGUCAUGUAGUGACCACGUCCGUCUGCUGGAACAGGAACGGCUGUUGAAGGAAUUACAGCAGAAACAUCCUGCAGGAAUAUUGAUUGUGCAUCCAAGACUUUUAGUUGGCUCUUAAUUUCUGGGAUCAAGCAACGUUCAUGCCUUGACCUCUUCAAGUACACAGUGUGAUGGGUGAAGGCAGGUAUGAGCUGCUCAGUCAGCCAUGUUUCAUUGCUCAUCGUGAUUGCUGUCUAAAGUCAUUAAGCAGAUUUUAAUAUAUAUUUUACAGAUGAGAAUAUAGGAAGAGAUAAAGGUCUAAACACAAGUGUUUUAAUUAUGCAAAUAUGACUUACACUCUCUAACCCGUUAAACUCCCAGGACCUAAUAUGUCUAUUUCUUCACUUUUGUAAUUCUGCACAUUUCCGACAGGUUGACUUUAAUUGCUACUGAAUAAUUCGUAGUCGCUACUGAAUAACAUGCUUUCGGGAGUUUACUAGGUUAAAAACUGGAUGUAUUUAUUUCCUCAAGCUGUAGCCUAUUUCUGUUGCACUCAGGACAGAUAUUACACUCACCACAGAUAAACACAAAAGUAAACAUUUUUUUAUUUAUGUAUUUUAUAGAAGACAAUAAUGUGAAGCUGGAUCACCUGACUAAGUCAGUGUAUUAUAUAUUUACAGGUUAUGCUGGUAGCAAGAAAAAUACUUUCUAAUGCAUCUUCCUUCUGUACUAUUUACUGUUGUGCAGGAAAUAUAACCCCCUUUCUAUUUAUAUGUUUAUCAGUAAUCACGGAACCUGCACAUUAUGUAAACUGUGAAUGCAUUUCAUAUAAAUAGGCAGAAUAUGUUUAAAUGACUCACUGAAGCACUACCAUGCGGGUAUCAGGGCCGAAACUCUGAUGGAUGUUCUGAACAUCUGACACAAAAGAAUUUCGAGAGAUUAAAGGGGUAACUGUGAUGAAUUAUUAUUAUUAUUAUUAUUAUUAUUAUUAAGAACUCCAGACAGUGAUGUGUAAUGAUCAGGGUUUUUUUAAAUUAAAUUAAUAUAUUUUACAGAUUUUCCAAGUGAAAACUUGGCUCCAGCUUUACCAUACCUGCUGCUCACACUAGUGGAAGUUGCUAACCUUCCUGAACAUGUAAGGAAGAAUAUAUAUUUAUUUACCAGGAGAAAAGCCAUGAUCUGUAAUUAAUUCAGUAGUCAGAGCAGGAUUUCACUUCAAUACUUAAACCUCACAUUUGUGAACUGAAAAGUAGGAACUAAUGCAAAGCAGUGUUUGACUGAAAUGAAAACAUUUUCAUUAAAACUGAUAUUUUUCAGACAA